AUGGGUACAGCGAACGACACCAACGCAGGUCGGCGUUCGGACGAUCAACCACAGCACCGUCACCACCAUCACCAUCAUCGGCGCCCGGAAAAGCCACGCCAACACCAGCGAGCGGGUGGUGAUGUACCGAACGGUACCGGGGAGCAACCCGCAGCACCAAAAGUUGUCGCGGCCAUCGCGGGAAAAGCUCGCCCAAAGCGGCCCCCAACUGACGACACCGACGAUUGGCAGUAUCCCUUUCAGCAGCAGCAGAAAAGGGAUGGGCCCGCGUGGGGUGUGAAAGAGCGGGCGAACGAGUGGGGAGGAGGCUUUAAGAAACCCGCCCCAAAAUACCCAGAGUCGGAUGACUGCGACUCUCUGCCGCCUCCUCCACCACCAGACGAUGAUUCGUUUUUCGAUGACGAUGAUCGGUUGUCGCACGGUCAUCACCACCAUCAUCACCACCACCAGCAGCAACAGCAGCAGGCUCAACAGCAACAGCAGCACUUCGCUCAUCUCUCACAGACGCACCACAACGUGCUGCAUAUGGCGUCGCAGCAGCAACAGCAGCAGCAGCAGCUUCCGGCGAAUCAUCACCAUCAGUUUGCUGACCUAACGCCACCGUCCGCGCUGGUGUCGGAUUUGGACGAUAGCCCAAAGAAGGAUCGCAAGCUGCGCUCUAAUUCUGACAGCUCGAACGUCACCAAUGGCAGCGCUGGUGAUGCAGUAGGUGGAGGUGGAGGAGGUGGUGGUGGUGGUGGCAAGCACAAGAACGGGGGCUUAGGUGUGGGAAAGAGCGCGAACGGAGGACAUGGCCAUCAUCAUCAUCACCAUCAUCACCAUCAUCAUGGCCGAGGGGCGUUACACGCGAAGAGUAGCCGGGCGGAAUCGGUCCUGUCAAGUGACUCGGACAUUCGGUUUACGCGUCGUAAGCUCGGUGAUAACCAGAAGUGUGGUUGCGCUCUCAUCGCCGGCUUUCUGCUGAUUCUACUCUGUGCCGGUGCGAUCGUCUAUGUUGGAUACACCUAUCUUCGUCCAGAACCACUCCCAGAUCGGAUAUUCCGGGCUCGAUUGCGCGUGGUAGAAGGGGACCGAUGGACUCCGGAGCUAGCGGAUCAGAACACACUUCGUUUCCAACACCGAGCCCGAGAUUAUCGAGAACGCAUCAACCUCAUUAUGCGUCGGUCGGACCUGCGUGAACCGUUUGAGGGCAGCGAAAUUCUCGCUCUGGAUGGUAAUGAGGAACCUGGUGACCUGACGCUACACUUCGCGCUCUACUUCGACCCGUACGCCGAGCUGGUGUCAGCAGCGGAUCUCCGUUCGAUUCUGCUUGAAGAAAUCACGGGUCAGGAACGGAAGUACUUCCGCAAUCUUACAAUCGACCCCACUAGUCUGGUCGUGAAGGAGGUGUCUGGUACUGGAGACGACAUCAUUGGCACGUCGUCAUCACCACUCGGUGGCAAGGAUGAAGUAACGGUAGAGAUCGUGACGACGGCAAGACCCCCACGCAAGUGUGAACCUUUGCGGCUGUCAUACUGCCGCUCAGUGGGCUACAACGUGACAACCUACCCGAACUUCUUUGGCCAUGCCUCACUCGAGGAGGUGGAAGCCGAUCUAAUUUCGUUCCGCGAGCUCGUUGACGCCGAGUGCUUCCGGCAGGCGUUCGACUUCAUCUGCCGGUUACUACAACCCCCGUGCGAAUACCGCAGUGUUGAUGAACCAACACCUGGUACGGUUUGCCGGCAGUACUGUCAAGCGUUCUGGUCCGGAUGUGGCGAGCGAUUACCUGAACGUUUGCGUCGAUUCCUCGAUUGUGAGCGGUUCCCAGAGUCAACUGGCGUGCAGUCAUGCCACAGCAAGCCAGGAUGUACUGGAGAACUGCAGGCGAACGCACUAUCCUCGCGGUUGUGUGAUGGCGUAGCUGACUGUGCUGAUUUGUCCGAUGAAAACACCUGCACGUUCUGUGCGUAUGGAGCGAUCUCGUGCGGUAGAAGUCGUGCCUGUUAUGCCAGGAAUGCUCGCUGUGACGGGAAACUCGACUGUCCUGAUGGGAGUGACGAAAAGGAUUGUCUGUCUAUCUCACCCCAAGUGAGCUUCCUAACAUUCCCACCUCCAAUCGUGCCGUUCCGGCCCCGAUUCUACUCGGAAGGAUACGCUGUUUUCUCAGAGAAGGGUACCACCGGUAAGCUGUGCUCAGUAGGCAUGGAAUCUAACGAGUACGUCCGGCACACCGUCGCGGAGUCACUAUGUAAAGCCCUUGGGUACGAACGGGUUAACUACUCCGAGAUCCGAAAUGACACGGAACCCAACACCAGCUACGUUCGCGUGUUAGAUCCACGUGCUUCUGAGAUCUCGUUCGUACGUACGCAGUGUCAGAGUAAGCAGUCGCUGUAUGUAGCAUGCAGUCACCUUGAGUGCGGUGUUCAGUCGACACUACCGACCUCACAGAACGUCGGUCUAUCCAAGAUGGCUACCCCGGGUGAUUGGCCUUGGCACGUCGCUUUAUUACGAGCUGAUACGCACGUCUGUGAUGGCACGCUGGUCUCCAAAGACUGGGUGUUAACGACGGAAUCCUGUUUCCAAGGACAAGCGAAAGCAACAUGGAUGGCCGUGUUUGGCGCAGUACGACUCUCAUCUAACGCCCCCUGGACGCAACGAAGGCGCAUUAUCGGUAUGGUUAAAUCACCCGUGGAAGGCAGUACAGCGGCUAUGGUUCGCCUCGAGACACCAGUCAUCUACUCCGACUUUGUUCGACCUAUCUGCCUGCCAGACCUGCCUCUGAAAGAGAUAUCCGACCGCAGUGACAACAACGUCACUCCAACACCACACGCAGAGAAGUACUCGACGAAGGGCGGUAAAGUGGGCAUUAGGAAGCUGAAGGAGUACCGGCAGUACUUCGAGAUGCCCGGUGAUGACGAGCUGACAGCCGAUGAGUACGGUGAUCUAAAUGAGGCGGCAAAGUACGUCAACCAGUACAGUGCCGACUUCACGGACGAGCAGUAUCAAAUCCCAAAGGCGGAAGCAGCUGUUGGAGUGACACACGGUCGUUCCGGGUCGUUAUCACCUCCACCAGCAGUUAAUCCAAGUGCUUACCCGUUGCCUGCAAACUCUCCACAAACCACCAGCUACAUAUCUGCGUUGAACUACAUCAGCUCUGGAGGUGUCGCGAACAUUGGAGGUCCUGGUGUCGGAUUCCAGCCACCGGGCAAGCUCGGCAAACAGAGCCAGUGGACGAACUGCAACACACUCGGGUGGUCCCGACAACGAGAUCACCUGCAGCGGGUCCAACUGAAGCUGAUCGAUAUGUCACCGUGCGAGAACAUCUCGAUCGCCACCGUCAACAGUAUGUGCGCGGAGUCAGCCUACCACAAACAGGACUGCAGCGAGGAGGAGUUCGCCGGCAGUCCGGUCGUGUGUCUUCUACCGAGUGAUCGACGUUGGGCGUUGGUCGGAAUCAGCUCCUGGCGGAUCGCUUGCGCACCUAAUGGGAUCGAGAGGCCACGCAUGUACGAUAAGAUCACCCCAAAUACGCCCUGGAUUCGGGAUACUAUCUCAGCUACGGUGACGUGAGAGGGCGCUCUGUCCAAUCCCCUGUUCUAGGUUGCACCGAGUGCGACACGCGAUUCGCGCAACAUCCACCCACACACACACACACACACCCACAUGCUCGCAUGCACAUGUAACCAAAAAAAAGGAAAGAAGAAACAGAUGA